GCUCUCGUCUCACACUCCAAGUCCAAGUCGCAAUCCUUAAUGCUACGAUUACGAAUUAAAUCUUAUACAGAGAACAUCGGUGAACUGUCAGUCAGUCGAGUUUAUUAAAUUGCACGCUGUAACGAGUGCGCGUACACGUUCGUCCUGUUAACCUAUUGCGCUGAUCCGAGCUACACCGUAUGCGCGCCAAAUUCGAAAUUUCAUCAUUCGUUGACGAGGCUCGAGUUCGAUAACCGAUUCGAAGUGAUAAGUUUUCAGCAAAUUAUCAGUUAGUGUGAAUUUCAUCCCUGAAAAGCUCCCCGUUUGUACGAAAAACCGCCCAAUUUAACGCAGUUUGCCGGUUUCGUCGCGAAACUAUGCGAAAAUUUUAUAUCAUACUGUUCGUGUGUGUGACCAUUUGUUGACCUGUGAAAAUAGUACGUUAUUUCAACAUAUUACUAGUGUGCCCAAUUUGUUAUAGUGUGAUUUUUUUUCGACUUCGUUCGAUUUUUAUGAACAUUUUACGUGAAUUAUUCAGCUGAUAUCGAGUUAUGUCGUCCAGAUACCAUACGUCGACGGUGACGUCGAAUUAUAACACUAAUAGCGAUAAUAGACUAGAUGAAUUAUUGGAAGAUUUACAAAGCACCGUUGCCACAAGGCCUAAGGUGAAUGGUACAACUUCGUCAUCGUCGUCGUAUCGAGAUGGAUCCACCGGAUACAAAGAAACCUUCAAAUCGGUCCAAACAAAAAGCACAGGAAAACCUGCAGAGUCUUCUAGGGAAUAUCAAUUCGAAUAUUUGAAUCCGUCGAAUAACACGUGUGUCAUACCAGAACGUCCGAAAAGUCCGUUCUAUGAUAAAGAAAACAUUGAUUCCAUUCCAGGGAAAAAUGUCGCUUCUUAUAAGACCGUUUCGUAUCAUUCUAAUACCAAGAAAACUGAAAAUCAAACGACUCCAGUGACAGAAAAACCCGGAGUAAAAUUCAGGCAAAAUAUUAACGAAUUAGACACCCUAUUAGAUGAUCUGAAUCACACUCAAAAAAUGGAACUAUCCACCUCAAACCACAGUAAUCGACUGAAAGGAUACGAUUCGGGAUUCCUCGAACCAUUGGACAGUAGCACUCCUCAAAAAGGACACGUGUCGCGGUUCGAAGAACGCACCUUUGAAGAACAAAAAUACGGUUCGAACGGCGUCGCUCCUCCGGUCAGAAGUCACGAAGUAAAAAAAGAAGUAUUUUAUAAUGGCGAACCAAUCGAAAGAUACCACAAUAAAUAUUCAAAUAACGACUCGACGAAAGAUUUACUUUACACCGGAGGUAGCCUGAGACAUAGAGAGCCCUCGCCAGGCAGACAAUUACAAGAAGUUUACCAUUACGAGACUAAAAGCUCUUCAACCAAAAAAAGCUCCGACCCUUCGCCUCAACGAUCGAUAUCGAGAAACUACAAUUACGAAUCGGAUGUCACCGAUAACGCCACAUCUUAUCCUUACGACUACAACAGAUCACCAUCGCCGGCCAGAUCGAUCCAUAAUUACAGCAGUAACACGGUCAGAGAAAGCACAACCCAUAGAUCACCUUCGCCAGUCAGAUCGUACUAUUCGACCACGUCUUCUGUACGAAGCAACACGACUCCUCAACCGAUCACUAAGAAUUUAUACUCUUCAUCGUCGAAAACCAUCCAAGAGACUAGCCGAAGAGAAACUCAGCGUUCACCCUCGACCCCACCACCCCAUCGAUCCCCUUCGCCAAUGUCGUUCGCCCAGCCACCAGAUCCACCGUUGGAGACUUCGGUCAAAAGUUACAACUUCGAACGGAAUAUUCGACCACAGUCGCCGAAUUUGAAACAAAAGUUUAGCCCUUCUGAUCCUAGUCGCGAUGCUAUUCCUGGUCAUACGGUAAUUUCGCGUAAUUACAAAUACUCCAGUCAGCAGACUCAAAGGUCGAAGUAUCCGCCUGAUGAUGAUUACACGUAUAGGCCGGAACCGACGCCGGCUUAUACGAGACCUUUCGUCCCUUCACCUUCGCCACCUCCUGAAGUUAGAGAGCAAAGACCGCCGAAACAUGUUGACGAUUUGAUGGCUUCGUUUUCUGAUACUGAACACCGUCAAGAAGUUUUCAAUCGUUACCACACCAGUCGUUCUUCAUCGACCAAUCGAUGCCCCACACCAGGUCCCGAAAAAAUAGUACAAGUCAAAAAGCCUUCACCUCCAUCAACUCCGACUCAAAAAGCUGAACCUCAAAAACUAACCGAAUACAGGAAAGAAAAAGUAAACGGAGUUGCUGGUCCUGCAGUGUACUACCCUCCCGGACCAUUAUUCACAAAAAAGGAAGAAUCUGCCGCAAUGCAAAAGUGCGAAGCAGGAGGAGGAAUGAAAGCUAAAAGGAAGGCUAAAUACGAGUACAAAAGUGGUAGCAAAAUGAAGGAAGAUUCAGACGUUAAAAAGACAAUCGUGCCGAUGUGUUGUCCUGUCUGCUGCGCUUUGCCUUGCGCCAUUAUGUAAUUUUUCAUCUUCGAAGAUUUCUCUUCAUUUAUCUUCUUGUGAUCGAAAUUAGUACGUACAAGAAGAGUAGUAGGAGGAGGAAGGGAGGGAGAUAGGGACGAAGAUACGAGUAUUAAAAAAAAAAAAAAAAAACAAUAAAAAUGAAAAAUCAAA